CGGCACUCUUCGGAUCACCGCGCGUUUGAAAUGUCAGCAGAUGGCAGAAUAAGAAAGAAGAUAGUUGAGGAUGCGAGUGCUGGUGCAUUUAGCAUCGCAUUUCUUCUCCAUCUUUUAUUUGCAGCAAACAAAGAGGCGAGAAAAGUCUGAAACGAGUUGUGGGCCUUUGUUUACGACGGAGGAAGUGUGGGGCUGAGAUGGCAAGUGUGGGGUUGGCCGGAACGAAACUGAUAUAAAGGGAAAAGAAAUGUUCUAAAUCGAUGUACACAGCGAUCUGUCAGGUGCAGGAUAUGAUAUUUUGGAAAUUAUAGGUUUUUUCUGGGAGGGAGGGAGUUUUGAAAUUAAGAUGUGGCUAGAGAACAUUCAGAACCUUUGAAACGCCCAAUGAGAGUUGAAGGGAAUUGGUGGGAUUUGUGGAUUCCUUCGCCGGGAAGUUUGAAGUCUUCUCGGUUUGAAAGAAAAUAGCUGCAUCGUCUUCAGCAGGGACCCGGCGCGCUCCCCAGCCUGGCAGUAGGGGGUGGCGGACACUUUGCCUGCACUAAAUCCCCGGUUACCACCGACAGCAGAAACCUGGCAGCUGUCUUCCAUCCACGGAGACAGGGACUACACGGGGAGGGACGUCUUGGGAGGGGCCAGGGAGCUCCAGGGAGUAGCGAGACUCUUCUCCUCCACGUGCGUGCCCACCCCUUCCCAGACUCUCCCUCCCCCACCUUGCACGUUACUGAGCACACACACACACAGAGAGACACCAACGCACGGAUUUGUUAGCCACUGCCACGUGCAGGAAAGUAGGGGGGGGGGAGGGGAAGGGGAGACGACUCGGCGCACGGGGCACCCACCGCACGGUGGCGGUGCAGAGGGGCGCGCAUGCACUCACGAGCCACAGACACGCGCGCACGGUUACAGCCAGUGCCGGGCGGCAUCCCCAGAACCGAAAGGGGGGCAGAAGAAGACACAACUCCACUCGGCAACAGGAGGCCGAGCAGACGAGCAAGGACAAAGCCGAAAGGGGGGCUCUCCAAGUCCCUCCACCGAAGGAGAGAAAAAGAGAGAGAGGAUACGAAGGAAUAACGGAACCGGCUCCGAUAAGAAGGAAGAGAGAGAAAAAGAGAGAGAGAACCAAGCUGCGCAGUAGAAGCGCAAAACGAGUCAGUCCCUCUACCACUUCUACCACCACUACCACACAUACACACACAAAGCUAUUGCAUGAAGGAACAGGAAACAAGCAGACACUGACUGUGUCUCGGAGCCUCCCAGGACGUUUUCGCUGCAUCCCUCCUUCACUCCUUCUGAUCUCGUUACCCCUCUUCCCUCAUUUCUUGACUGUUCCUUGCAGCCCGCUUCUGGACCAAGUCCAGCAGGAGGAGAAGAGCGCGAAGAUCGCUGAUGAGAGUGGAGCAUCGCGUUGUUGUGGGGGAGGCUGGAGGCGAGGGCGCAGAGCCCGCUUGUCUGCCGUGAGAACGCGAGCUGGGGCCUGUGUGAUAGCGGGGGCCCCCUUGUAGUACGCGGCGUAGUACGCUUGUGGGGCAGUCUGCCAGCUUCACACGACCAUGCCGAAAGCCUUCAUGAUCACCCACCGUCGCUACCUGCCCACGCCGCCUCCAACGACGACGACGCUGCCGUCCAGCGACAACAGCAACAACCAGGACCAUCAUGCGACAGCGACGACCGAGGAGGUCCAGAUGCAGGCGCUUCGGUUGCCGCUGCUGCCGUAUUUUGAGCAAGAGCAGGUGGAGGCGGUGGACCUGGUGGUGCACAAGGACAACAACAACCACCACAACCACCACCACCAUCAUCAUCCUCCUCAUCAUCAUCCCCAGCACCACAAGUGGACGGGCCACGUCAUCCAUCGUUUCUUCUCUUUCGACUCGGGAGCCACCAGCAACGCAGUCAACAACAUCGGCAACAACAGCAACUACUACAGCAAUUGUCUCAGCAGCACCGGCGAAGUUGUAAACAGCAGCAGCAGCAGCAGCAGCGGCAUGACUUUCCCUUCCAACAGUCUGUACAACAGUGACGUCAGAUACAGUAGUUCCAGCGACACUUCCGCUGAUGACAAGAACAGUCGCGACGACUGCUGCAUGAACAUAGUCAACCACAACAACGAGACAGGCAUCGACCUCAGCAUGAAAGGGGGAGACCAGCAACGCUACCAAGCGGCGCCACUUCAUCGUCCUCCUGCUGCAGAGGCAGAGAUGCAGGACAAGUCCGGCCUCUCGGACGGCGACAGCGACAGCGGCUGUUCGACGCAGAACGAAGGACGAGGUCACCUGCCCCCAGAGGUGGAGUAUGGGUGGGCCGAGUGUCACGCCCACUUCUCCCUCCUCUACGACCUCAUGACCCAGAGUGCACGCAAAAGCACCGGUGGCAAGGAAACCUCGGAGGCAGGCGGCGGCUACCUUGGCAACAAGGACUCCCCCGCCGAACAGAUUCCCUUCGAUUAUUCCAAGACGUCGCCGGCGCGGGAAGUGCAAGAGGCCCCCGUGCUGUACGAACUGAUGGCGGAAAGCCCUCGCAAGGCCUCGGGCAGAGAUGUUCCUGAACACGCCCUGGAGGUGGAAGUGCCCAUGCAACCGUAUCACCCGCAGCAGCAGCAGCAGAACCAAGAAGGACAGCGGCUGACAGUCCUGGAGAUGCCUUCCGAGACGGUGGGAGUGCGGUACGAAGCCAGACGCUCCCUCAACGACCUGCUGUACGCCGCCGGCUUGCCUCCGUCCUCCCCAUCGCCUCCGUCCCCUUCCUCCGUGCCGUCACCCUCGUCGUCGCCGUCAUCAUCGUCGGAAGAGGCGCACACCUGCGAAGACUGCGGCAAGCGCUACAGCACGUCGUCCAACCUGGCCAGACACCGCCAGACUCACCGGUCGCACGGCGACAAGAAGGCCCGCAAGUGUCCCCACUGCGAGAAGGUCUACGUCUCCAUGCCUGCCUUCAGCAUGCACGUGCGCACGCACAACCAGGGCUGCGCAUGCCCGCACUGUGGCAAGCGCUUCUCGCGACCCUGGCUGCUGCAGGGUCACAUCCGCACGCACACGGGCGAGAAGCCGUUCGCGUGUCCGCAGUGCGGCAAGUCCUUCGCCGACAAGUCCAACCUGCGGGCCCACAUCCAGACGCACUCCAGCGAAAAGCCGUACAUGUGCGGCCGCUGCGGCAAGGCCUUCGCCCUCAAGUCCUACCUGUACAAGCACGAGGAAUCGUCGUGCAUGCGCGGCGAGCGCUUCCGGCCUCUCCGCAAGGUGGCGCCAGAAUACUAAAGUGUCCCUCCAGAUCAGGAGACGAUACGACGACGAAAGAGAAACAGAAUGGAAGUUUGUUACAGCGAUUUUCACGACCUGCAUUUUUUUCUGGGGAGUUUGGAAGGAUUGGAAUGGGACUGGGAUGGAGGAAGAAGGGUCUUUUUUUUUUUCCUUCCUCAAUUUUUUUAUGUCGCUUUGUUAAAAGUUGUUUGGUUGCUUUGAAGAUGUUCGAAGGGAGGGGAGACAGGAUCUGAGGUCGUUAAACUACUUCUCUGGACUUCAACCCCUCUUUUUUUCGGCAGAGCAUGUCUGACGUCAUAUGCACGUGACCUAACUCGUGACCCUGAAGUCGCUGUAUCCUUUGUGCAAAGUGGCCAGAUGAUCGCUACCCUACGGUGGGUGCUGCAGAUGCUGCAUCGCGAAUCUUCGUUUUUUGGUGCGCUGUCACCCUGACUCGAGCCGGGAUGCGAUCCGGGAACACAAUCCCUUCACCUGCUCGUACGAUCUUAUCGGCUGCUGUGUUUGCUAUGCGACCUGCAAUGUGUCAAAAGUUUGCAUCAUCUAUUUUGAGCACAACGAGGAUAGAGGGGGUAGCUGUCGGAGUAGUAGAGGGAAACGAAUUAACUGAUAUGUUUGAACUGACAAAUGGUCGAGCUGAAGGGAGCGCCAAACAUCGGGAGAUACGGCUGCAGGAACCCACCUCCUACCUGCUUUUGAUGAGUUGUCUCCACGUGGAUCUUCACAAAGGCUUGAGAGUUGCUUGCCCAGCAGGGCCGCCUCAACAGACCGGUGGUGAUAUUGUUAGUGUUUCUUACGUUUUGAACAUGUUUGUAACUAUUCAACAGCGAGCUGGAAAAAAAAAGAUGGCAGUGGCUAUCAAAGUUCAAAAGACUCGGAUAUGGUUUUGGAAGAAAUAUCUCUGAUGUGCUUUGUUUUUAUGGUAUUGUUUUUGGGGUUAAGGAUUAUUUUUUGUUUGUUGUCUUGUUUUUUGGAUUAUUUUUUUUUAGUUUUUUUUUCGAGGGAUAGAGGUUUCUGCCAUGAGUGCAUGCACACUCCACCGAAAUUGGAUGGCACGUUUCCUGGUGUCAAUUUAUUUAUUUCUUUACCUAUUUAUUUAGUUAAUUCUUUAUUGUUAUACUGCAGUAACAUAUUUUGUAAUAUAAUAUUGUAUUACUACUUUUGAUGUAUCCACACUUGAGAAUUUAAGUAGACGACUUUAAUUAUUUAUUUAUUUAUUUAUUUUCCGUCAGAGUUUAUUUUAUUAUAUGGAGACUUUGUCACUUACUUAGAACACUGUUGUUUGCUUUACUAACAAGUGUCUGUUGACAAAGACGACAACUUUGUUGUAUUAAUUUAAAUUUCUGUAUUGUUUAGCUAGGUGCUGAUUGCAGUCACUUCAGUAAUGCACAUAACGUUUCCUGUAUGCCACUAUACAGCAUGAAAUGUUUGUCCUGCUUGUUUUGAAACCGCUGCUCGAACCAAUGAAAAAAGCUUUUACUUGAAACUUGAGCGCAGAAGCAGCCAAUCAUGGAGAUCGCUACAAGACGGCAGCGUUCUGUCUGCCCAUUCAUCUGAACCGAGGACCAAUUUCGCCAAAUCACUUCUUCAGUUUAUUAUUCUAGUCAUCGUCAAGCAUUGCUGUUCAUCUUCAGGAGCGAGCAACAUUUUGGUGACCUUUGACAUGGAUUCGCAGACACUGGAAUGGAGAAAUGGGAGGGGGAGAGCAGAGCUAUGACCAGCAGCAGUUAAGAAAUCAAACUUAUUGCAGCUCAGUUCGGGUGUUUUAUAACUAGAUUGUUUGAUAUUAUUUUAGCUUUUUUUAGAAUGUUUACUAGUUAGGACAUGAACAUUUUUGACGAUGGGCCUUACGAUGUUGUUCGUAGAGUUGUUUACACUCACUUUAAAAAAAAAGUCCCUCCAACAAUGCCACCCGUUUGUUCCAAAGUAGGAGUUCUGGUAUGCGCAUGCGUGACUAGGGUGCAGGUCAAAGUCGGAUCACUUCCGGUUUCUGAUAAAGAACGUUCACUCACAUGCAUACCUCAGCCGAGUUGGUAGUUCAAAUAUUUGGAAGAGUAUCGAGUCCACAAUUUAUAACAUAUUGAAAUAAGUCAGAUUUCAUUUUUUAAUUUAUUGUUUCGUUUCGAAAAUGUACUUAUUGUUUUUUUUUAGUUUUAUCAAGUUAUUAAUUUAUUGUGCUGAGGGUUACUCCCAAAAGUAGUUUUAAUUUAUUGAAAGAGCUAACUUUGUGAUUGUUUAUUUUCAAACUAUUUUCUUUAAUUGCAGUUUUGUGUCGUAGUGUAAUAUAUAGAGUACAACUGUAUUUGUUUGUACAGAUUGUUUAGACAGUUUAGAUACGGAUAAAUACAAACACCCUUAAGGUGUUAGCAUGUCAGUAAAAUCGUAAGGGACAUUUUCUUGUCAUCGUCCUCACCUGGCGCUGGGCCUUGCUUUCAAAACACACAGAGAACAGCUCAGCCCAGGACACGGAUGACUUAGAACUGCUCGAAGUGUGUGCUUGAAAUCACUUUGCAACAUUUCUUUUAUUCUUUUCUCAUCACUUCAUCUCACCAAGUCACACACCGGACCAAAAUGUUUUACUUGUGUGCAUAAUUUUGUGUGAAGAGCGUGGAUCAGUCGACACGUCGGUAGGGUUCCUACCGCCACGUCAGUUUAAUGUUUAGUAGCCAGCUGUAUUGAAGUGAUGCUUUUAUUACAAUGCAAGGCAUCAGUACAUUUUUGUGGAUUUUUACAGGCCAAUGCUGACCCUUUUUUCAAAAAAAAAGUUUUGCUUGAAACCGCUGUGUUCUAUGAACAAGAAGUCGUGAAUCAUUUCCUGCUUUCAAAGCAAAUUGCUACAUUAUGAUUGAGUUCAUCAAAGUUCAUCUGCUUCAAGACAAUAACUCUUCAUUAUAUUUAAAACCUUACUGCCUCUUUUUACAGAGACAUGUAACAAUGAGCUUAUGAUUUGACUUAUCGCAACCUUGGUUCUGUUUGUUCAAAACUCAGUUUCUUGUGACUACCUUGUUUCUCCGGGGCUUCUUCAUCCUUCUCACCUCUCUCCUUCCUCUCUUUCCCUCCCCUCAUCUCUCUCUCACACACACCAUUAACUACUAGAUUUGCUCGUAAAAAAUUGUCUCAUGUUUUUAUUAUCUGUUUUGAAUUUCGGGAUAGCCAAUGCCACAUUCCUAAAAUUAAGAUGUAUGUCAACACGAUUACUGAACUUACAAAGGUAAAUGUAGUGCUGCCACACACUCUAGUCAGUUUUUUUUUCAUGUAGGGGAGAGGGUUUGCUGUGGAGUGGAGUUCAAACUUGCAGUUGAUUUUACAGUUUUUCCUUUACUGUUGAGGUUUCUGUUGUUUCCCACGGAAUGGCAGUAGAACAUUCCUGGAUGUGAAGCCAGCACACCCCUAACUGCAAUGGUAUUACCGUGUCCAUGUGAAAGGAAAUGGCGACGGCAAAUGGCUUGCAUGCAAAGAAAGGAAAAACAGUUUAUCUUGCGCGCGAAAAUAUGGCAACAUGUGUUGUCUUGCGAACAGAAAAAAACCCGCAGCAUGAUUUGCUAUUGCUGCCAAAAUGAAGGCAACGCAAGAAACAACUCUAUCUGUCUUAGGGAGGGCGAAAAAUACCUCCUGCAAUUGAAUGCUUGUUCGCCAAACAAUUGGGGACAGGACUUGAACUUCAUUUUUUCAUGCACGGAAAGGCAAAGAAAAGAAUUAGAAUCAUGGGAUUUUUCUUUCUUGUUAAACAAAGGCAACGCAAAAUCUUUUUCCUGAUGGAAAGUUUGUGUGUGAGAGAAAGAGAGAGAGAGAUGGAGGAGACGACGAGAGAGGAGAGAAGUUUGAAGUCCUUCAUCACAAAAAAUCAAAAUUUCUUAUCUGUAUUAAAUUUAUGUUUUGUUCUGUUUUUAAUAUCUGUAACGUGGCUUGUUGCCGGUUUCAGUGUACUCCAGAAAUUAAUACUAUCCCAUUCUUCAUGAUGUUAUUUCUUCAAAAAACAAAAGGACAUUCAUCGAAGCCUGUUUAAGGUCAGAUAUAAACAAACUAUAACUUUUGGUCUUGAAGACAUUUAUUUUAAAAAAAAGAAUCUUAUUUUUAAUCUUGUCUUUAAACCGUUUUCAACCGUCCUUUCUGCUUCACCUUUUGGACUAUGCAUUCCUUCUGUGUAUUUUAAACCGUAGACGUGUUCAGACCUGGUACGUCCAGCGUCCUUUGCGAAUACAGAGAAUCUAUUUUUGUACCGUGUGGGGGAUGCCUAUUUAUUGCAGUGUGCCUUUCAUACUUUGGUUCAAGUUACAUUUUUUUAAUUAGAAGUGUGUGAACUGUUAACGUUUACAUUUUCAUUUUCAUGUAACCGGCUGCCUGCAGUCAGCGAGCUUGGUGUUUUUGUGACUAAAGUUCUUAGCUUGCUUUAGUGACCACAGCUGUUCAUGUGUACGUACGGUGUUCAUUGUGAUCUGAGCAUGGUAACACAUCAUCUGUUUCUCGUGUGUUAGAUGAGUAUUGUUUAGUGCCUCGACUCUAGUUUGGUGUGACAAUGCUUGUGUGACGGUAACCAUAGUUCCUUAUUAUUUAUUUGAACCUUUAGAAAUAAUUUAUUUGCUGGAUUCACAACGUUUUCACCGCCCAAACCUCCGUCCUUGUAUACAGUGUAUUUAAGUUUUUAAAUUAUAAAUUAAUCUGUGUACGUGUAUUUAUUCAAUUUUUCUGUUCUUAACCAAUACAGAGUUCGCUUCUUAAUUUAUUAUGCUGUUCACCAUGUGACUUAAGCGCAACUAAGCUAAUUUAUUGUAACUUAUUUUCUCCGACCGAAAUUCACCAAGAACCAAUUCCAGAGGCCAGCCAUUUUGUGCCAAAUUUGUUUCUCUACUACGUCAUUUCAUUAUCAUAUCUAUUUAUUUACUUUGUAUAUCAAAUUCUGAUCAUACAAUUCGAAAUCAUAAUCAGCAUCACCUGAGCCAAACAGCCAACAUUCCGAAGGAAUACACAAAACAGGAGAGCAUGGCUUCAUGGUCAUCAGAUGGUAGCAUCGUGUCAUCAAGACUUCAUCCAUUCUGCAGUCAAGAGAAGACGACUUUAGACUGGCACAUGGUGAAUGCUUUGUUCCACCGCUAGCAUCACUUCAUCUAAAUAAUCAGGGAAGGCAUUAGCCGAGUGGCUUAUGAACUCAGACGCGCCGGGUGGAUACCCGUGUGGGGCAGAGUUCUUCUUCAGUUGACCCAGCUGUUGAAUGGGUACCUGACUCCUUAGAGGGACGGGAGGGGAAAGGCAGUGAGGAGGGAGUUUCCAUCCUUCCAAAAAGUGCGAUCUCUAGCACCACACUCCCCAGGCACCGAGAGGUCACCCAAUCACCAUUAUUUAUCUGUUUACAUGAAUUUAAAAACUCAGUUUACUUUAAACCCACAAAGGAAAUUAGGGCCUUUGGUGUUCUUACAGACACAGAGGCUACAAGUAACAUCGAGGUUGUAUAACAUAACAGUAUUCCGAGUUUGAGAUGGAAGUCUGGGUGUCCUAUGACGUCACACGCUGGGGAGUGUCAAAGGUUGAAGAAACGGUUAACAGCGAUGUAACAGUUGUCUGGUUUACUUCUAAGGCAAUGGGAAGUUUUUCGUUGGCUAAAUCCAGUCAGGUCAGUGGAGCUGUAAAUUCUGAGCUCCAUCAUCUUUGCCUGUAAACCUGGAAAUUACUCCCCCGUUGUUUAAAAACUGCGGGUACAUGGUGACUCGGGCCGUUUGUAGAACACACUAACUUCAAGUGAUCUUCAUCUCACUUAUUUUGACACUGACGACAAAUUUAUUGAGAAAUUACCUUUUGAUCCACUUACCAAAAUCAACUAACUGUCCCUGACUGAAGCAGUCGCCAUCUUGAUUAGUUGGAAUCAAACAAAAUAGAAAACUCUUUAGUUACUAAAGCAGAAAAAAAACUAAUUUUGACGAUUUCAUAAACAUCAAGAUUCGCCUGUGGGGUAUUUUUCCAGUAAAAAAAGUGCCAUCUGUGUUUUUUAUUUAUAGCUGAUGUAAUCAGUGUACAUGUGUCUCGAUGCGCCAUCUGUAUGCUCACGAAUUUUACUUGCAGGAGAAACAUAAUAACUUUACGAAAUUUUUUCAAGUCAGUUUUAAUAGUAUAUCUCGCCUUCUCUUUUGACGCGAGAGUUUUUGAAUAAAUUAUUACUUUUUGUCAAACGCAUCAUCGGUUAUUUUGAUACAAUAGUACUCUGUAUUUUUAUACAUUUUGUAGCAGAUCUUGCCGUCCUCGUGUGCUGUAUUUAUUGAGUGAAUAAAACACGAAAACAGC